GUUUAGUAAAGCCACGCCCCUUUAUUCCUCCGCGUCAUCUGUUGCUAGGCGGUUGGCACAGUCUCAGCAGCAAUGGUGGGAGACCCCUUCUUUUGGGCCCUGGCAUCCAGGGGCGGCUGAAGGGCCCCACGUCCAUCCAUCUGUCCACCCAUCCUUCGGAGGGUCCCUCCACGUCCGCCAUGGACCACAGCCCCACCACGGGGGUGGUGACGGUGAUUGUGACGCUGAUUGCGGUGGCAGCGCUGGGGGCCCUGAUCCUGGGCUGCUGGUGCUACCUGCGGCUGCAGCGGCUGAGCCAGUCGGAGGACGAGGAGAGCAUCGUGGGCGAAGGAGAGUCCAAGGAGCCUUUCCUGAUGGUCCAGUAUUCUGCCCGCGGGCCUUGCACCGAGAGGAAGACCCGCCUCGGUGCCCCUGGCCCCACUGAGCAACAUGCCUAAGCCUGGGCCCCACUCCGAGGACCACUUGCCUCCGUCAGUCAUUCAUCGACAACUCGAAUGCCCCACCGAGCCUCUUUAGGACAGAGCUAACCAAUGCAUGUGGAUACAAAUAAGUCCAGAUGAAGUCACAGUCCCACUCUGUCCUGUUCUGAUAGGAAUAUCCCCGUCUCCAGUUCAAGAUUUCAAUUUGCUAGAUAUGGAAACAAGUCCAAGGGAUCUAAGAGGUGACCCCAAGCUGAACACGAGCCAAGAGUGUGAUGCGGCAGCGACAAAGGUCAGUGCGAUUCUAGGCUAAAAGGAUGUCAUGAUCCCACUCUCUUCUGCUUUGCUCGGGCGUCAUCUGGAAUAAUGCUGGACAAGAAGAUGGAAGGGGUCACACGAAGGGCCGCCAAAAUGGCCAAAGGCCUGUAAGCCUUGAGUCCCUCUGAAGAACAUCUGAGGGAUCUGGAUCUGUUUUGCUUGGAGGAAAGAAGCCCGAGAGAAAGGAGACAAGAGAGCCAUGUUUCAAUAUCGGAAAGGAGUCCUAUCAAGGAAAAGAGGGCAAUCCUGUUUCCUGCAGUUCUGGAGACCGGGACACAAUGGAGCUGUGGGUUUAAAUUGCAAGAGAAGAGAUGCCACCUAAAUAUUAGGAAAAAUUUUCUGAGCGUAAAGAGCUGUUCAAAUGGAAUACAAAGUCCAGAAAAGUCUCUUUCUCUGUAGUUUUUGAAGCAGAGGCUGGACAGCCAUCUGUCAGGAGGGAUCGGAUGGCAUCUUUAUGGCAGAAGGGGGUUGGACUGGAUGGUCUUUAGGAUCUUAUGACUUGCAGAGACUGGUCCUUCAGGGCCCUUCUCCAUUUCCUUGUGCCCAUUGCUGACGGUGGAUGAUGGGAGCGUUUACUUGAAUAACCCUCUGAGCCUCUUCGAACGGAGCUACUGAUGCGGUGCAAAUCCGCACAACUGUGAACUGUGUACAUAAUGAGUCGUGCGCUGCUUCAUUUUGUUUGCCUUUCUCUGGGGCUUUUGGAGAUGCAUGACCGCCGAUGGGAUUUCUCUGAAGCCCCUAAUGGAUGGGGAGGGUCUUCUUAGGCGAGUCGCAGGAAAUGGACUAUUCAAAGCUACGUCUCCUCCUUGGCCUAACGCUCUUUCGGAACUUGGUAAUAUUGUUCUGUAUUUAUGCAAGUGAUGGGGAAGAAGCCUUCGAAAUAAUAGAGGCAUGGAACAAUCUGCAAAUAUGAUAGAAAUAGCUGUUUCGCACAAAGUUAGACAGCAAAGGUCAGUGAUGGCUGUGCAGAACUUGAGCCGGAUGGCCUUUCGGAAACCCACUUCCUCUCCAACGGCAGCCUUGUAACUAGUCCCCAUUAUCUCCGCUUUCCAUGCUGUAUAGAUUUCUCAACUGAUUACGUUUUGUAGAUAAAAAUGCAGUUUUUCUCCCUCUCCUGAUAUUGAUAGGGCUUCUGUACAUAACUGGACCCAGGUGUGAAGCCACUGUUGACGUUUUCGUUGUCCUUUCUUUGCUGGUUGGAUUCAUUUUUUCCUGUAUCGAUGCCACCAAAUCUUUUGUAGCGAAAGAGGAGCCUUUGUCCUUUAAUGUCUAUGAAUAUUUGAUAUCGGCCUUCUCUCAAAAGUGGGUCACUUUUCGUUGCCAAAAGUUGGAAGUCCAGCUACAUUUGGAGGAUGAAUUAGAUGGAUGGUGCUGGUGCUGUUAGCCUUCCAAAAGUUCUCCUUAAAUAUAGCUACUGCUUUCCUGAUCCUUUCCAACUCAGUCAAAGUGGGAUGAUUUAUUAUUAUUAUUAUUAUUAUUAUUUGAAACACAAGAUGAGUCCACAGCAGACAAGAUCACUCUGCUGGCUGUUGUACUGGAUCACACUUCGGACACUUCCCAAAUGUCUAAGUCUGUGUGAUGUAUUGGUGAAUAAUGCGUGCAGAUCCCAGUAAGGUGACCUUAUGCAGCUGGCUGAUGGUAAUUUUGUCAGCGCCGAUUGUGUUUAAGUGCAGGCCAAGGUCUUUAGGCACUGCACCCAGUGUGCCGAUCACCACUACUACUGCUGCUACUUCUUAUUAUUAUUAUUAUUAUUUGAAAUACAGCAAGUUGAGUCCACAGCAAACAAGAUCACUAUGCUGGUUGUUGUAUUGGAUCACACGUCGGACACUUCCCAAGUGUCUAGGACUGUGUGAUGUAUCGGCCAAUAAUGCAUGCAGAUCCCAGGAUGGCCUUUUGUAGCCGACAGAUGGUAAUUUUGUCAGCACUGAUUGUGUUUAAGUGCAGGCCAAGGUCUUUAGGCACUGCACCCAGGAUGCCGAUCACCACUGAGACCACCUUGGCUGGCUUGUGCCAGAGUCUUUGCAGUUCGAUCUUUAAAUCCUUGUAUUGUGUCAAAUUAUUAUUAUUAUUAUUAUUAUUAUUAUUAUUAUUUAUUUUAUCUUCCAGAUUGGGCUGCUGCACUGCAUUCCCCAUCAUUCUUCCAUCCAGGUGUAUGUAUAUCCAGGCCAGAUGCUAACAUAUGGAACAUUCUUUGGACUUCAGCUCCCAGAAGCUACCUUUUUGCCCAAGAGCUAGGAUUUCUGGGAACUGAAGCCCAAAGAAAAGGGAAGCAAUGCUCUUCUUGCUGGCCAGAUCCUGGUUUACUUGGUCUAGGGGCCAAUAACAAAGAGUUGGACUAGCCAAGGUCCAGCAAAAAAGCAAGAAAUGCAGUGAGAUAAAUGAAAUCUUAAUGAAGAGAUAAAAAUCAGAUAUUAAACGAAUAAUAAUAUGUUGUUCUUGAAGGCUUUCAUGGUCGAAAUAACUGGGUUGCUGUGAGUUUUCAGGGCUGUACAGCCAUGUUUCAGAAGCAUUCUCUCCUGGCGUUUUGCCCACAUGUAUGGCAGGCAUCUUCAGAGGUUGAGGAUAUUAUUAUUAUUAUUAUUAUUAUUAUUAUUAUUAUGACAGGAAACAAUCAGGGCCAGCUAACACCUCCCAACAAAAGAUUCUCCCAGGCUGCAACCAGACAGGCUUUGCAGCUGCAAGGCCUUUAAAUGCAAAUCAAGGUGGCCAAUUGCAACAUUCACACUUGUCUCAAGUAAACAAGAGUUCUUUCUCCCACUCUGGACAUUAUUUCACAGAUAUAUAAACUCCACUUUCCUACUUCCCAACAGACCUCACAACCUCUAAGGAUGCCUGCCAUAGAUAUGGGUGAAACGUCAGGAGAGAAUGCUUCUGGAACACAGCCAGACAGCCUGGAAAACUUGCCGCAACCCAAUAAUAAUAAUAAUAAUAAUAAUAAUAAUAAUAAUAAUAAUAAAUCAUCUUUGGGGAUCCUUAACUGCUUCUGGCUCAGAAUCCUGCCCAGAGGAUAUUCUUCCACUUUAUGUGGAUGGAAAGGGAAGGGAUUGCAAUCUUACCCCCUUUUCAAUUUGGCCCCAUGACCUGCACUUUGCCUCUUUUCAAAUGGCCUCAAGGCGACUGAAUCAGACAGCUUCCAUGAUAAAGUUCAAAUAAACAAAAUACCACAUUGGAAGAAAGGAGAAAAGCUGCUGUCUGGAGAUUCAUGGGGGAGAAAGGGAGCUUUGUGCUGCCCUCCCUCCCCCUUUGUUUUAAUUUAGGCUGAAAUCAAUACAAAAGCUAUCAAAUUAGUGCAACCGUAAAGUGCAAAGACCCCCCGGAACCCCGUCCUUUUAAGCGGCAGGCUACUGGGCCUGUGCUUCUGUCCGGUUUUCAUGGCUCAUUAUAAAAAAUACUCUUUGAUUUCUAGUCCGAGGAAAUGACACAAGAAGUUUGGGGGAAGGGGGAGAAUUUCCGAGGAAAUGUCAAUAAAGUUUGCAUAAAACCCUGAA